AGCUACCUGUUCAACCUGAACAACGAGUGGGUUGUCGACGCGAAAUUCAGGGGCAACAAGCUCCGCUGCGCCAACCACAGCGAGGAGCCUGUCGCGAAGGCCAAGGUGCUGCUCGUGGACGGGGAGAGCCGCAUUGCCAUCUUGGCGGAUAAGAACCUGGCACCGGGCACGGAAAUCACUUACGACUACAGGUAU